AUGAAAAUAUUAAAUUUCACUGGUGUUAGUCACACAGUCUUCCGCUUGCUGGGCAUCCCUGGCCUAGAGGACCAGCACAUGUGGAUUUCCAUCCCCUUCUUCAUUUCCUAUGUCACAGCCCUGCUUGGGAACAGCCUGCUCAUCUUCAUUAUCCUCACAAAGCGCAGCCUCCACGAACCCAUGUACCUCUUCCUCUGCAUGCUGGCUGGAGCAGACAUGGUCCUCUCCACAACCACAGUACCGCAGGCCUUGGCCAUCUUCUGGUUUCAGGCUGGAGAGAUCUCCCUGGAUUGCUGCAUUGCCCAGCUCUUCUGUACCCACUCUACCUUCAUCUCUGAGUCAGGGAUUUUGCUGGUGAUGGCAUUUGAUCGCUACAUUGCCAUAUGCUACCCGCUGAGAUACAUGACUAUUCUUACACGCACUCUGAUUGGAAAAAUUGGUGUGAGCAUCUUUUUGAGAAGUUAUGGUUCCAUUUUCCCCAUAAUAUUUCUUUUGAAAAGAUUGACAUUCUGCCAAAAUAAUGUACUUCCACAUACUUUCUGUGAACACAUUGGUUUGGCCAGAUAUGCUUGUAAUGACAUUCAAGUGAACAUCUGGUAUGGUCUUUCUGUCCUAAUAUUCACGGUUCUCUUAGAUGUUGUGCUCAUUUUCGUUUCUUAUAUAUUGAUUCUUCGUACUGUCUUCCAAAUGCCCUCCCAAGACGCUCGUCACAAAGCUCUCAAUACUUGUGGCUCCCAUGUCUGUGUCAUCAUCUUAUUUUAUGGGCCAGGGAUCUUCACAACCCUUACUCAUAGAUUUGGGCGCCACAUCCCUCCUUAUAUCCACAUUUUGCUAACUAAUGUCUGUAUAAUAGCUCCACCUAUGCUGAAUCCCAUCAUUUAUGGAAUCAAGACCAAACAGAUCAGAGAGGAGGUGCUUCAUGUGUUAUUUGCCAGGCAGAAAUAA